CAUCCGGACGCGCUUUUGUUUGUGGAUCAACACUCGGACCCGUUUCGGAAAUGUGGACAGAAAUUGGGAAAUUAAUAUUUUUGCAUUUUUUACUGUCGGAAUUAUACUCGGCAAAAGGUGCUGAAACUGGCGCUGACACGGAGUGCGAGGAUGGACAGUUUCAGUGCAACAAUAAGAGAUGUAUUCCCACCAUAUGGAGAUGCGAUGAUGAUGAUGACUGCUCUGACAACAGCGAUGAGGAGAACUGCCUGAAGAACACAUGUGCUCCCUCAGAGUUUUUGUGUGCGAAUGGUCAGUGUGUUCCUGGGCGUUGGCGAUGUGACGGAGAACCUGAGUGUCCGGACGGAUCGGAUGAGGCGGAUGCUACCUGCACAGUCAAACAGACGUGUCCUCCAGAGAAGUUUGACUGCGGAGGGAAGUGUGUGUCACUGUCCUGGCGGUGUGACGGCGAAAGAGACUGUGAAAAUGGUGAAGAUGAAGUAGAUUGUGUAGCAGAUGCCAGGUCCUGCUCAGCGGGGGAGUUCCAGUGUCGUAACCGUAAAUGUUUAGCACCGGUCUACGUGUGUGACGGCGAUGAUGACUGUGGAGAUGGCAGCGAUGAGGAGAAGUGCUCUCCACCAACCUGUGGGCCGCACGAGUUUCGCUGUAACAGCUCCGAGUGUGUGCCACAGCCCUGGACCUGUGACGGCGACCCUGACUGCGCUGAUGGCUCAGAUGAAUGGGCGGGGCGAUGUGGGGGCAGGUCUGGACGUCCGGCCCCGCCCCCUACCCGGAGACUGCAGUGCAGUGCCGGAGAAUUUCAUUGCGGCAGUGGAGAGUGUGUGAAACUGGCCUGGAGGUGCGACAGGGACCCUGACUGCAAAGACAAGUCAGAUGAGGCGGACUGCCCUCUGCUCACAUGCCGGCCUGAUGAGUUCCAGUGUGGAGACGGAUCCUGCAUUCAUGGCAUCAAACAGUGCAACAAAAUACAUGACUGCUUCGACAAAAGCGACGAGGCUGGCUGUGUCAAUGCCACAAAGUGUGAAGGACCUCUGAAGUUCCUCUGCAGGAAUGGGGAAUGCAUAGACGGGAGCAAGGUGUGUGACAACGUGAAGGACUGCAAGGAUCGCUCAGAUGAACCCAAGAAAGAGUGCAGUUUGAAUGAAUGUUUGCUUAACAAUGGAGGCUGCUCACACACCUGUGUGGAUCGUCCCAUUGGAUACGAGUGCCAGUGUCCUGCUGGCUAUAAGCUCCUGGACAAGAGGACGUGUGGAGAUAUCGAUGAGUGUGAGAACCCUGAUGCCUGCAGUCAAAUCUGCAUUAAUCUGAAAGGGGAUUUCAAGUGUGAAUGUCACCUGGGUUAUGAGAUGGACCCCGUAAGCAAAACUUGCAAAGCUGAGGGCAAAAGCCCUUACCUGAUGUUCACAAACAGGCACGAGAUCAGACGCAUUGACCUGGUGAAGAGGGACUACACACAGGUGGUUCCUACUCAGAAAAACGCAGUGGCCAUUGAUAUCGACGUCGCUGCCAACCGAAUGUACUGGUGUGACCGUUUUCAGCACAAAAUAUACAGUGCUUACAUCCACGAAGCGAGCGACCCGUCUCGACACAUUACUCUGAUCAAAUCAGAUCUGCAUUCCCCUGAGGGUCUGGCACUGGACUGGGUCCAGCACAACCUCUACUGGACCGACUCGGGCGACAGAACCAUCUCUGUGGCUUCAGCGGAUGGCAGCAGGAGACGUGUGCUGAUCAGCACCGAUCUGAGCGAACCACGGGCCAUCGCUGUGGAUCCAGAGAGAGGGUUCAUGUAUUGGUCUGACUGGGGCAUGAGGGCCAGGAUCGAGAAGGCUGGCAUGAACGGUGUAGAUCGACAGGUGCUGGUGUCUGAGGACAUCGAGUGGCCCAACGGAAUCACACUCGAUGUGGUUGGUAAGCGCCUGUACUGGGUGGACUCCAAACUGCACCUGAUCUGCAGCGUGGAUUUAAACGGGGCCCAUCGCAGAGUCAUCCUGUCCUCCAGCGAGAGACUCGGCCAUCCGUAUGCCCUCGCUGUGUUCGAGGAUCGCGUGUACUGGACGGACCGUGAGAAGGAGGUCAUCUACAGUGCAAACAGACUCACAGGACAAGAUGUGACCAGUCUUGCCGAUCACCUCAAUGACCCUCAUGAUAUAGUGGUUUUCCACGAGCUGAGUCAGCCUGCGGCUCCUGACAGCUGUAACCUGAGCGGCGUGACUAACGGAGGCUGUGACUUCCUGUGUCUGCGAGCUCCUCAGAUCAGUGAACACUCACCCAAAUACACCUGCGCUUGCCCUGAUGGCGAGGAGCUCAGCCCUGACACACGUCAAUGUGUACCAGUGCAAAAUGAGACUGCCUUCACACCUACUGUCCCCAUCAACAUCACCAUGGAGGCAGGGGCUGGCCGGGCACCAGAGUCCCCUGCAGCAGUGACAUCUCAGUCUGACAGUAUGGCUGAAACCACUCUCUCAUCACUCCUCACCUCGAGUCCAGAGGAACCGGCCGUCUCCUCUAAUACGACAGCAGAGCACAGUCCUACACAAGCGUCCAGCACCACACCAGACAGCCUGAGCAACCUGUCUCAUCACUCUGGCAAUGAGUCGUUUCUCCUUGGCCGUAAUCUGACAGUGGCAGUUCUUGGAGUUGUAAUUCCCAUAGUUCCUAUUGUUGCCACAGUGAUCUUCGGAGUGGUGUGUGCCGGCGUUUACCUGGUUUACCGCAACUGGAGGAGAAACAGCACCAAAAGCAUGAACUUCGACAACCCUGUCUACCGCAAAACCACAGGAGAGACAGAGGAGGAUGAGAUUCACAUCGGACGGACUGACGGGCUCUCUGGCCAUCACCACCCUUACCCCGGGCCCGCGGUCAGCAUGACGCCAGUUGGCGCAGGGACGUGCCCGCCAUUCAUCGCUCUGCCUCUGGGGAACAGUUUACCAGACCCUGCCACACACUGGUACACAGAGCAGCCCACUAUCUCUAGUACGAAGUGAAAGGGAGGACGACUCGAGAAAUACUGUGACCGCAGGAGCAGGACUGACACGUGGCUGCCAAGCUAUGCAGGAACUGAAUGGCACUUAGCGAGCUGAAUCAUUCUUUACAUGCCUAGGUUUUGAAGUCUGCUGGAGUAUAAAUGCUGGAUUGAUGACUAAACAAAAGGUUUAGACAUUUCAGACCCAUAUUCAUUUGAUCCAUUUUAAGCAUUAUUUUAUUGCUGUUUGGAACCACCAGGGCAAGCCUUUUCAAACCUGCAUUAUUUAUAUUUAUCUUAUAAUCACAGACAAAUCUAGCACUGUAACUGGUAUUAAAUAGAAACUAGUCUACUGGACUAGAAAUGUCCACCACUUUAGCUAAAACUGCAGAGAGAAACCAUUUUGACUCUUCUCACUAACAUGGCUUUGUUAGUUAUUAGGCAUGUUUUCAAAAUUACUUAAUUAACUAAUUAAUUAGGAUUAAUCAAUUUAUUACCAUUUCAAUUAAAUAGAUUACAUCAUAAAGUACCUUUUAUUAGGCUUAACAAAAAACUAUUUUUGAUGGAUCAAGGUUAAACGAGGUUUUUUUUUUGUUUUGUUUAAUAAUGAUAACAUAUAAACAGUUCAAGUAGUUUACCUAAAACUGUUUACCUGUAUCACAUAUUAUACAGUAUAAAGGUUUUAUUUUAAUAAUCUUUGACCAGUUGCCCCAGUACAGACAUUCAAUUCCUUACGCAUAAAAUCAAGUCCCACCCUUUUUCCUCAUUAAAUAUUCAUAUUCCAUAUGCCAUUAUAAGAGUAAAAUGGGCUGCAAAUGUUGUUUAAUGUUGGAUUUAACAGUAAUUCAAUCAUGACAACUCUGAAGAUUUGAUCAUAGUAAUGGAUAUGACAAUGUUAAUGUAUUUGGUCUGCUGAAUUGCUGCUGCUGUUGGUUAUUGCUGUAGUUGUAGAUUAUUGCUGCUGCUGCAAGCAAGUACAGGAACUUGCAACUGACAGUACAUAUGGCAAUACUCUGCCGUGAGUAUUUAAGACAUACUGCUGUUGCACAAAUAACCCGUAGCAGAUCUAUACAGGUGGAGCUGGGGAAGGUGGAGGGUUUCAGAGAAACUCGUAAAGUGCACUGCAGGAAUGCUAACCAGUGAAUGCUGACCAGCCAUAUUAAUGCAAGGCAGUAAGUUCAUUGGCUGCAUAUGCAACAUAAACCAAUCAGCUUGUGCCAAGUCAUUUAACUCUCUGAAUAUCAUCGGUUGCAUUAACAACCCGUCAGCCUGCGCCAUAUAGGGUUUAAUGACUGAACGAUAUAUUUAACAAUAUGAUGCUCAUUAUUCACUUUGAGGAAACACAUUUUGGUUUUUCAACUUAGAACCCACCCAACAGAAAGAUAACAGUACAAAAGUAUUCAAAAAUUUGAUGUUUUGUCUGUUUCAUCAAUAUUAUCCAAUUUUUAUACAGCAGGUGUGUUUUCCCCAUAGAGAGACAUUCUAUAUUCAUCACUCGCAUGCAAAUCAAAAGCCAUUGUCCUUGAAAUUGAAGACUGUCUGGUGAGACUGCGUACGGGUCUCUGUGGGGUUCUCCGCACUGCAGCUACAACUUGGCACGACACUGGAAUUGGCAGAGUACCCUGUUUAGUGGAGCAAACCCUAGAGUAAUCACAGCAAGUCGGAAUAGAUGUUACAAGGGUCAGCGCGAGAACGUAACACAGCGGGGUCUCUUGUGGUUCACACCGAGCUGCAUUUCGCUAGGCGUAAGCCAGUGGUAAUUUAUGAAAUGUCACAGUUUCACACGUCUGUUUCUGUUAUUGGAGUUGUUGCACGCAGAACAGGUUUGCCGUGCCGCCUACUUACUGUCUUCUGAGCGGAGAAAUGGGGCGAACACAAACUGAUAGUCGCCCCAAGGGUCUAGCAUAGCUACAGGCGCUGAGCUAAAGGUUACAUAAGCACUAGGUUAACAUCUAAACACAUUAGAAUCACGUUAACAUUGGAAAAAAUAGUCUUUGACUGGCAUAUGUGCAGACAGCCUGCUCAGCAGAUUUAGUGCUCAUGCCUCACUGUAGUAGACAUAUCGACCUUUAAAGAUGCUUUCAAAGGCCAUACAUUCCAAAUGCUGGACAGUUAUUCAUGCGGUUGUUUUUAACUCGGGGUACCUCUGAAUUGUUCUGUCAUGUGCUGUGGGAAUGUUUCAUUUUGUCUCAGGGAGAUGGAAUAGAGAGUGUGUCAGCAUUGAGGGAUUUCAGUUUAGCAAUCAGAAUUGGAAUAGGACAUAAUGUGUACAAUGUAUUCACCAUCGAGACUUUUUUUUUUUACAGAACUGAAUUGUCAGCAAAUGUUGGGAUACUAGUAUUGUUGUCCAGGUCACCAAAAAUGCCAAAUUCACAUUUCACCCCAGAAUGAGAAGAAAGAGAAAAUAUUUUGCACAAAGAAAAGCUGUUUGAAAUGGGUAAAUAUGUACUGUAUUUAAACACACUACUAUUGAAAUAUGUUUCUUAUGUUCACCAAGGCUAGGCUGCAUUUAUUUGGUAAUACAGUAAUACAGUAAAAACUUGAAUACUGUGAAAUAACAUCAAUUUUGGGGUGAAAUAUGACCUGAACACGUUUUGUAAGAUUUACACGCUGAAGUUUUUUUUCCCUUAUACUUUAUAUUAUGAGGGUGUCCUAUCCUUUGAAUAAAUUGUCAGACAAAACUACUUUUUUUUUUUUUCUCAUUAGGGUGGUCAGGAAGACCCAGCUGUUCAUUCACAGAUUCUGGAAUCAGAUGUUACCUCAUUAAUAUUAAAGAGCAUUGCUCUAGGAUUUCAAAUGAAGACUCCCUCAUAAGAGAGGAGCAUUAAAUAUCCUGUGUGUGUGUGAGUGUGAGUGUGUGUGUGCGUGGAUGUUAAUAUAUGCUUUCAGAAUGCAUGUAUUUGUGGUGUGAAAGUCAAAUCUUUGUGCAAUGUGAUUAUAGAAUGCGAAAAUUGUGUAAAUAUGUUUUCAUACAAAUACUUUUGAUACACCUUUGUAAAAAUGUAUAUAAGAUUUUAGAUAACAGUAUUGUCAAUGAAUUAAUUUAUUUGGAAUAUAUUAUCAUGGUUUUCUGAUGUUAAAAUUAUGCCGAAGUGUUUCUGUGCUGUUGGUUUUAUUCAUUUUUGCUGUUAGUGUUUUUUUUUUUUAAGGCUUUAAUAAUUUAUAUAAUAUUUCGAAUAAUUUAAUUAAAUUACAUUGUUAUUGCACUAUUUGCAAACACAAAACUUUUUUUUCAUGCCUUGUUUUGUGAUUACAGAUACUGAUUUCAUUGUCUGAACUCUCACUGCAUAAACUUUAUUGUGGCAUAAUGGUCUCAUUGUAUUUCAAAUUUUUCUCUUUAUGUCUCAUUAUAGAUUGAUAUAUAAAAAAAUAAAUUACAAAUCUGCUGCCA